AUGGACGGGAACAAGCGGCUCAUGCAGGUCAUCCACGAAAUGCGCUCGGAAAUCAUCAAGCUAGAGAGAGAGAACAGAGCCCUCCGGGGGCAACUGACAUGCAGCAGGCAGAAGGCAGCAAAGCGAGAGGAUGGAGAAGGGGCCGAAGACAAAAAGGACAAGGGCUGGAGCCUCGCGGACUCAGUCGAAGAGGCCGCUGCUUCGCCGGUGACUCUGCGCAGGAAUGUCUCAGCAGGCUCUGCUCUGACACUACAGGAGCAAAAAGGUACCCAUGAUUCCUGAUGGGGCAAGUUAUGACUAAACCUUUUGUUUAGUGACCCUUCCUGGACCAGAGGAAGAGGGAGGAUAGCCAACAUGGUGCCCUCCAAAUGUCAUUGGAUUCAGUUCCCAUCAGCCCCAGCUGGCAUGGGCAACGGUCAGGGAUGAGGGGAGUUGUAGUCUGGAGGGCACCAUGUUGGCUAACCCUGAGAUAAGCUAAAGUAUUCCACUGAUAGUCGCAAGCUGCUCUGGGUAGGCCUCAGAAACUCAUCCUGUUACACUCGGAAAUUAGGACAGCAGUAAUUAUUAUUACUUUUGUUAUUUUCAUUUUUAUUUAUUGAAUUUACAUACCGCCCUAAACCCGGGGGUCUCAGGGCAGUUCACAGAAUGAAAUCAAGAUAUAAAUGCACAAAAUACCUAAUAAAAAUAAAAACAACAACCCAAUAGCACCCCCCAAAAAAAAACCACAUUUCAAAAGUAGCUGUUGUAACGAGGCAUGAACUAAAGGUUGAAAUUAGAGUUCUGAUAUUACAGUCUCCCAAAUUGAGGCAGUCUAAUUGACAUACAAAUGGUUUGUUAAUUAUGUAAAUCAAGUUGUGAGUUGGGAAAUGGCUAAGCACCACCCGUCACUGCUUUUUGUUUACCUCAUGCAGCCUCUUACCUUAACAGCAGGGAAGUGGAGUGUUGUUGUCGUUGUUGUUGUUGUUUUUCAAAAUAAUAAUAAUAAUUUAUUCAAUUUAUAUACUGCUCUUUAUCCAAAGAUCCCAGGGCGGUGUAUGACAUUAAGAACAUAAUUUACAUAGCAUGAUUAUAAAAGACAAUAAAAAACAACCACAGAAAAAUAUCAUAAUAGCAGUCCCCCCACAUUUAAAAAGCCAUAGAUUGUUUAAAGUGUUGGGCUUUCCUUUCAUGUUACAUGAAGAAGGCUUGCAUUCGAACCUUGCAAAGCCUAAAUGAAAACUAAGAUGUCUAAAGAUGGAAUUUGGCCACACUUUCCUGAAAGUAAGCUUCAGGCUGGACGUUUUGCCACUUGAGGUAAAUAAAAAAUGAACCUACCACUGCCUCCAACAGCCAUGGGUACACCAUGCUGCAGGUCACCACCAUGACAGCGAUGCAGGUGUACCAUAUAACCGUCCUGUUGCUCCACAGAUGAGUCUGUGGAGGAGAAGGCAGGGGCACAGCCAUGUAGGAGGAGGUGGGGGCAAGCAGCAGGCUCCUUGGGCCCAGAACUUCCACCUGAGGCGACCGCCUCACCUCAAGGGCAGGCCAGCCUUGGUAAGCCUCAUUAAAAACACAGAUCUCACUUCUGAGUAAAUUCUCAUAGGAAUGCUAAGAACAGUGCAAGGGGGGAUCAGGCUCAUUUCCCACAAAACCACUGGGGAGAAUGGCGCCAGCACAUUUUGCUUUCUGUCACAGGACAGAGGGCAAGAGACUUCCUUUAAAAAAAGAGAGAGAACUAGAAAUCCAGUCCAGCUAAUGGUGUAAAUGGGCAUUGGGUGGCAUGCCUAACAUCUGGCCAGCUGGAUAACAUGGCACCCCUAGUUAAGUAGCAUUUUGCAGCAUAUCAAAAAGGUCUUUGGAAAUAGCCAAGAAUUAGCCGACAGUUCGGCACAAGUUGCACAUAGUAAUAAUACGGGGGGGGGGGGGCAUUUUUUGUUUGUUUGUUACUAUGGUAUGUAUUUUUGUGUUUUUAUAUUAUUCUCCACCCUGUGAUCCUCAGAUGAAGGGCGGUGUAGAAAUUUAAUAAAUAAUGAUAAUAAUAUCUCAAGGAAGUCUCCAGUUUGCAGUUUAAUUGGUCUUUUGCAUUUGCAAUCAAUUUGGCUCCAGGACUGGCUGCUCUCACAUGUAAGGAUCCCCCCUUGUUCCCUUGGUUCCAGUACAAUUCAGAUCUCUCUGUUUUUUGGAGAUGCUGUACAACAGGAAGUGAGGGGGCCUAUGUCUCACAGGCUAGGUCUGACCCACUGGUGAAUUUCGUCAAGCCCACGAUCCAGCCUUUGAAAGGUCUCCAGCAAGUUAAUCUGCACUUUUCAAGGGUGGCACUCCUCGGGUUGGAGGUUAUCAGCCAGCCUGUGCUUUCAUGUCAGAGCCAGUGUGGUGUAGUGGUUAAGAGCAGUGGACUCGUGAUCUGGUGAACCGGGUUCGAUUCCCUGCUCCUCCACAUGCAACUGCUGGGUGACCUUGGGCUAGUCACACUUCUCUGAAGUCUCUCAGCCUCACUCACCUCACAGAGUGUUUGUUGUGGGGGAGGAAGGGAAAGGAGAUUGUUAGCCGCUUUGAGACUCUUUGGGUAGUGAUAAAGCGGGAUAUCAAAUCCAAACUCUUCUUCUUCAGAGGAAUACCUUCUCAGGUGAGAAGCUGGUCAGUGCUAUCUAACAGUGGAGGUUGAUCCAUUAGGAUGCAUGGCCAAUUUCCCCACCACCUCAGUCAGAUUCCAGCUGAUCUGUUAGGUUAAGAUUGUCACUCUGGGCUAUUAAUAAGAAAGGUUUUUUAUUUUAUUUUAUUUAAAAAGACCAAACUACAUGGAUUACAAUCUUUGCACAGGUAGCAUUAUGACGGUGAGACGUUAUUCCAUCUCCUCAUCUGUGCCUUCGCUCCCUGGCAACAAACACCACAAAUCUGACAAGAGGAAUCCAUUCAAGGGAGCCCUAGAUGUGAAGGAGAUAAUCAAGCAGCCGACCUUUCCCACAGAUACGCAACUAACCAACAAAGAAGAAAAAGGAGUUGCAAAAAUUCCAUCCGAUUGCCUCUCCAGCAGUACAUCCAACAAAAGGAGAUCUUUCCAAGACCAUGUUUACAAAUGCAGGUAG